UCUCUGUCAAAACGCGGUUGAUUCAAUUUUAGAAAUUGAUUUUUUCUCUAAAAUUCUAUUUUAUUUAGCACCCAAUUAAGACAGAGUUCUAAAAAUGCAUGUAUGAUGACAAUUUUCGAGAACUUCCUAAUAUUUAGUGUGUUCUUGUGUACAUAAAUGCUUUUAACAGCCGUUUCUGAUUUGACAGUUUGAUUAAAAAAUAUAACCUUGCGAAUGCAAAGUUUUAUGAAAAAAAUCGCAGGUAUUCUAGUUACCGUAUUUUGAAAAACGAGAAGUGUGUUAGUGCUUGAGUUGUUUAUAUGUGUAGAUCCUGAAGGGCAAGAAUUGAUAAAAAAUGCUCCAUACAAGCAUAAGACGGUAUAAUAUGAUUGACAUCAAGCGCAUCCUAAAAUAUGCCACAAAGAGAUGCUUAAAUAAUUCAAUAAGAUUAAAGUCUUGCCCUUGCGGCAAUAUGUAUUUAAAAAACCAAAGAUAUUUAGACAAUAGUAGAUUACAUAUUAAAUAUGUAAGAGCACAUUCAACGCAAAGUGAUCACCACAGGCAGAAGGUUGUCAUAGAGACAUCUACGCCCAAAAUAGUUAUAGAUAAAAUAAAAGUAGAGAAGUUGGCCGAUGAGAAAGUUGUUGAGACCAGUUUAGAGAUGAUUUGGAGGGAAAAAAUUGUACCUUACAUUCAAUUAUCAAGAUGGGACAAACCUAUUGGUGUAUACCUCCUCUACUGGCCGUGUUCAUGGUCGAUCGCCCUGGCCUCCCUUCCGGGUAGUGUACCGCUGGGGACCAGCAUCCAGACGGCAGCACUGUUCCUGGCCGGGGCUGGCUUGAUGAGGGGAGCUGGAUGCACCAUCAACGACCUGUGGGACAGAGACAUAGACGCGAAGGUAGAAAGAACCAAAGACAGGCCCCUAGUGUCAGGCGCUAUAAGCGAGACGCGGGCCGUGGCUUUCCUGGCUCUACAGUUAAGCCUUGGCUUAGGCGUUCUGCUGCAGUUGAACUGCUACAGCGUUGUUUUGGGAGCCAGCAGUAUGAUUCUAGUCAUAACCUACCCAUUGGCGAAGAGAUUCACCAACUACCCGCAAAUGUUCUUGGGGGCGACGUUCAACUGGGGCGCGUUGCUCGGCUACACGGCUAUACAGGGCCAUAUCGAGCCGGCUAUAUGCUUGCCGCUCUACCUCUCUGCUCUCGCCUGGACCGUGCUCUACGACACCAUAUACGCGCACCAGGAUAAGCGUGAUGAUGCACGGCUGGGAAUCAAAUCCACGGCCCUCACUUUCGGUGAGCACACGAAACCUGCGUUGGCCGCCGCCCUCGCGAUCAGCUUGUCGGGUCUGACCCUGGCGGGCCACUCGGCCGGGCUCACUUCGCCGUAUUACGCGGCUUUGGCUGCAUACGCGACACACGCGGGCUUGCAGAUAUACACACUGAACCCCGAUAACCCAGAAGACUGUGCGAAAAAGUUCAAAUCAAACUCUAUGGUAGGCCUUAUUAUAUUGCUAGGUAUUCUGGGCGGUGGAUACCACCAAUACAUGGACAAUAGACAAAAGCAUAGAGGUAAAGAGGAUUUAAGUGUUGCUAGGAGCUGUUUCUUUAGUUAAUAAAAAGAAAAAUUGUUAUUUCAAAUAAUAAAAUCAUAACGUUAAGAAUAAACACAUUUUUAACUGUAGAAAAAAAUUGUAAUUGCAAAAAAGAAAAAGACGAACGAAGUAUUUUUUACGACUCUGUGUUUAUCUUUUCAUUGGCUGUAGUAGCUUUGUCAUACUGUCAUAGUAAUGUUUGAGAAAUAAAUUGGGUAUUUAUUUAUUUUUUAUUAUUUGGAAUCUGCUUUCCGAACCGGUGACAGAGUCACUACAAACAGACAUACUUGACGUUUCAAAAGUG